AUGUCCUCCAUCCAAGGCAUCAUCAUCUCACCCUGCCAAAACAUCAUCACCACCACCGAACGACCAGUCUCCGCCUUCGAAGCAGAGCUCGCAGCCCUCGGCUUUCGCACCACAACCAUCACUAUCGCCGCGGCCAAAGAGGCCGUCUGGCGCGGCUCACCACUCUCCGCCGCCGUUGGCUUCACCGUAAAGCUCACCUGGCUCGACACCACCACCACCCCAUUCGGCACCACCACCGACCAUGCCUCCACCCCCGACAACCCCACCGCCGCAGCCCUCCUCCGCCAGCUCGAGCCAACGGUCGGCCUCGAGCAGCCUAUCCUCCUCGAGGGCGAUAUUUUGGUGAUUCGUGAGAAUGGCAGCGACAUCGAAGCUGCGCAGGUUACAUUGCUGUGUGAGUUUGCGAAGGAGGUAGCACUACCAAACAACCCGAGCCUGGGUCCGCAGAUGUUCAGAAAGGAGUUUGAGAAGCUGAGGAUGGUGAAGAUUGAGGAUCGGGAUUCUUGGGCAUUUUGGGUGGAAGCGAUGAAUCCGAUCCCGAAGGAUCCGCUGGCGGGACUUACGGGAAGCGCGAGGAAGAAUAAGAAGAAGCACAUCAAGGCUAGGGAAGCGAAGAAUGCUGGCAAGGAGUAG